UACUCACACCAAUAAGAUCGUUUCUCUUCAGUGUAAACGGAAGUGAACAGUGACAAAGAACAAUUUCUACGUUAACAUUGUUAUUUAGACCCGUAUUAACACCCUGGACCUCAAAAUAUGACUCGUUUAACUGUACAGCAUCACAUACUUACCCCCGGUAGUGUUUAAUUUGCGUUGGAGACAGGACUUGGUUGAUAGACGUUAUAUAGGUAACUUAACGCUGCUGACGUGAGCGUUAUGAUUUUUCACACUCAAAUAGCCUCCAUCGUGGAGGUGCUAGCGAAUGCAGCCGUGGCAGAGAUCUGUAAACUCGUAGACGACGACUAUGUAGUGUUUCGUUUGGAAAUAAGUCAAAGACAGAAAGAAAACGUCGCAUUGCGGAGGAAACUACAGCUACUGGAACUGAAGGUAUCACGGGAGCGGGCAGAGAAGACAAUGCGAGAGCGCCUCCUCGCCAGUCGUCCCAGAAGUGUCAAGAUCCUCGACCGAUACAGAGGAAUGGCAAGAGGUGAAGGACAUCUCACUGGAGCCUACAGGAGCUUUGGGAAGCCAGCUGGACAUAAUACAUGGAGAGAUGACCAACCAAUCCCCGUUGAUGAGAGGAGAGGAACCUCAACCCAGCAUGUUAUCAUGAUAGAAUCUGCAGAUGUAGAGGCGGCAGGUCCUGGAGGAUCAUCUCUGGUCAAGCAGGAGAGGGCUGAAGGAGAGGAGGACCCACAACACAGCAGAGACAUCCAGACUGGAGCAGCGUCUGUAGUGGCGCCCCUUGUUGCCAUGGAGGACCACGCGACCGCCGUGCAGCCCAGGACCCGCUGCAUCACAGAGGUCAAUGGAAUGCUGAAUGCCAUCGUCAAGUCAGACACAGAGACUUUAACUGUAACACAAAGGCUCUUACACACAGGAUCUGACAACAGAUCAGACCCAGAGAGACUGGGGCCACUGGGCUGUCCUCCUGCUCCCGGCUCAGAGUAUUUACUUUACCCAAGCCCGAGGAUGGCUCAUUCCCAUCGGGACUCAGGUGACGCAUUAGAGACUGGCAAUGAUCCGUCUUGUUCUUACACUACAGAGAUGGACCCUGGCAACAUGACCUUGGGUUUAGAGACACAGACUGAUCUGUCUACAGGGGACUGGAAACGGUACAGUAGUAGUGUAUACUCCGAAAGGUGCUUAGAUAAGAAAGGGGAGUGUUUGGUCGUAGAUGAAGUGAAAGUGGAGGGCGACAUUUCUCCCACAUGGAAUGCAGAUAGUAACCUAAGAGAUGGACACUCACGGGGAACAGAUUUCUUAGAUUACAGGGAAUGCUUAGAAACUAAUCCAAAUGUCACAACCCACUCCCCUUUACUCGUGCUCAGAGAUCGCAACUUAGUGUCCUCAUCGAUGGGGCCUUCCGAUUCACACAACUGCCUUUUUGAUCAGGUAUUGAACUCAAAUGACAGGGCUACAACCCAGGCUAUGGGAGGAGAAGCCACAUCAGGUAGUAGUAAAGAGAAACGGUUCCUCUGCAUGUUCUGUAACAAAGGCUUCAGCUGCCCCCAGAAAGUGAAGAUCCAUCAGAGGAUCCACACAGGGGAGAAACGCUUCAGGUGUACCCAGUGUCAUAUGCGCUUCGCCCAGACUGGUGACCUGAAGAGGCACCAGAGGGUCCACACAGGGGUGAAACCCUUCAGCUGUACCCAGUGUCAUAUGCGCUUCGCCCAGGCUGGCCACCUGAAGAGGCACGAGAGGGUCCACACAGGGGAGAAACCCUACAGCUGUCCCCAGUGUGAGAAGAGGUUCUCCCGCCAGGACCAGCUAAAGAUGCACCUGAAGGUCCACAUGGGAGAAAAGCUGUUAGCUUGUACGCACUGAGCUACCUCAGGAUACACCAGCAGAAAAACCAUUCCACUAUAUAACAUAGAAAGUAACCGUUCUACUCUACAGCUUCUGACAUUUAGAUCAAACCCUGCAUUAAAGGCAAAGAUUAAUUUUCAUUGUUGUCCACAGAAAAGGUCGACAGACGUGUUUGGAAUAACGAGAGUAACAUAUUUCAGUGUUGAAUAUUCCAAAUUGUAUUUGUCACAUGCUUCGUAAACAACAGGUGUAGACUAACAGUGAAAUACUUACUUACGUGUCCUUUUCCAACAAUGCAGACUUAAUGAUAAAAAAAAAAAUAAUAAUUAUAAGAGUAAACAAUAUACGGAGAAUAAUAAUGACGAGUUAAAACAACAUGGCUAUAUACAGGGAGUGCCAUUACCGAGUCGAUGUGCAGGGGUAUGAGGUAACUGAGGUAGCUAUGUACAUAUAGAUAGGUACUAGGCCUUACAAAAAAUUGUAUGUGUGGGGUACAGAGAUGGGGUAGUCAUUUAAAAAUCAUGUUAAACACUAAUAUUGUACACAUUGUCCAUGCAACUUAUUGUGUGACUUGUUAAGCACAUGUUUUUUGUCCUGAACUUAUUUAGGCUUGCCAUAACAAAAUGGUUGAAUACUUAUUGACUCAAGACAUUUAAGCUUUUCAUUUUUCAUUCAUUUGUAAACAUUUCUAAAAACAUAAUACCAGUUGCGAUACCAAGCGGUGAUGCAGCCAGUCAAGAUGCUCUCGAUGGUGUAGAACUGAGGGCCCAUGCCAAAUCUUUUCAGCCUCCUUAGGGUGAAGAGGAAUUGUCGUGCCCUCUUCACAACUGUGUUGGUGUGUUUGGACCAUGAUAGAUCCUUUGUGAUUUGGACACAGAGGAACUUGAAGCUCUUGACCUGCUCCACUACAGCCCUGUUGAUGUGAAUGAGGGCUUGCUCUGCAAUCUGUUUCCUGUAGUCCACGAUAAGCUCCUUUGUCUUGCCAACGUUGAGGGAGAGGUUGUUGUCCUGGCACGACACUGCCAGGUCUAUGACCUCCUCCCUAUAGGCCACCGUCGUGUCGUCAGCAAACUUAAUGAGGGUGUUGGAGUAGUGCACGGCAGUUGUGGGUAAACAGGGAGUAAAGGAGGGGACUAAGCACGCACCCCUGAGGGGCCCCCGUGUUGAUCAGUGUGACAAAUGUGUUGUUGCCUACCCUUCUGGUUGGGAUAUGUACGUACGGUCACUGUGGGGACGAUGUCGUCGGUGCACUUAUUAACCUGUCUAGGACAGGGGAACCCCUUGCCAACAGCCAAAGAAAUAGCAGGGCGCCAAAUACAAAUCAACAGAAAUCUCAUAAAUCAAAUUUCUCAAACAUACAAGUAUUAGGCACCAUUUUAAAGAUUUAAAUUCUCGUUAAUCCAGCCACAGUGUCUGAUUUAAAAAAGGCUUUCUGUGUGGAGUAAAGCUGAUCUAGAGAUUUUUAUUCGACUCUAGGUGACAUGCUGGCAGAAAUUAAGUUAAACGGAAUUCAGUUUCACUGCAUUAAAAUCACCGGCCACUAGGAGCGCUUCCUCUGAGUAUUUUCUUGUUUGCUUAUGGCCCUAUACAGUUUGCAUCGGUUUGUACUUUUAAAUAGACAGCUACGAAAAAUACAGAUGGAAGUUAUCUUAGUAAAUAGUAUGUUCUACAGCUUAUGUGGUAUUCUAGCUCAGGCGAGCAGAACCUUGAGACUUCCUUGAUAUUAGAGAUCACGCAUCAGCUGUUGUUAACAAAGAGACACACACACCUCCCCCCUGAGUUUACCCGACGCUGCUGUUCUGUCCUGCUGAUGCAUAGAAAAACCAGCCAGAUGUAUAUUAUCCAUGUCUUUGUUCAGACAGGACUCAGAAACAAAAGAUAUUACAGUUCUUCAGGUCCCGUUGAUAGGAUAGUCUCGAACAGAGCUCGUCCAGUUUGUACUCCAGUGAUUGUACGUUCGCCAAUAGAACAGAUAGUAGAUGCGUUUUUUUUCACUCGGCGACGCAGUUUUGUCAGGGUGCCCGCAAGUCAGCCUCACUUUCACCGCCGCCUCUUUCUCCUCGCAGUCUCUGUUUCACAGAAACAUGGCUCUCUGUGGACAUGCUGUCAGAGUCGGUACAGCCACCAGGAUUCUUUGUGCGUCACUCCGACAGGAAUUAACAUCUCUUUGGGAAGAAGAAGGGCGGGGGUGUAUGUUUCAUGACUAACGAUUGGUGUAAUUGUAACACCAUACAGGAACUCAAGUCCUUUUGUUCACAUGACCUAGAAUUCCUUACAAUCAAAUGCCGACCGUAUUAUCUCCUAAGAGAAUUCUCGUCGGUUAUUGUCACAGCCGUGUAUAUCCCCCCUCAAGCCGAUACCACGACAGCCCUCAAGGAACUCCACUGGACUCUAUGCAAACUGGAAACCAUAUAUCCUGAUGCAGCAUUUAUUGUAGCUGGGGAUUUUAACAAAGCAAAUUUGAGAACAAGGCUAUCAGCAUAUUGAUUGUAGUACCCGGGCUGGCAAAACACUGGAUCACUGCUACUCUAACUUCCGGGAUGCAUACCGUUCGGCAAAUCUGACCACGACUCCAUUUUGAUUCUCCUCUCCUAUAGGCAGAAACUCAAACAGGAUGUACCCGUGACAAGUACCAUUCAACGCUGGUCUAACCAAUCGGAAUCCACACUUCAAGAUUGUUUUGAUCACGCAGACUGGGACAUAUUCCGGGAAGCCUCAGAGGAUAAUAUUGAUUUAAACGCUGAUUCGGUGAGUGAGUUUAUAAGGAAGUGCAUAGGAGAUGUUGUACCCAUUGUGACUAUUAAAACCUACCCUAACCAGAAACCGUGGAUAGAUGGCGGCAUUCGUGCAAAACUGAAAGCGCGAACCACCGCUUUUAACCAUGGAAAGAUGACCAGGAAUAUGGCCCGAAUACAAACAGUGUAGUUAUUCCCUCCGCAAGGCAAUCAAACAAGCGAAAUGUCAGUUUAGGGACAAAGUGGAGUCGCAAUUCAACGGCUCAGACAAGAGACGUAUGUGGCAGGGUCUACAGACAAUCACGGUCAACAAAAAGAAAAUCCGCCACGUCAUGGACACCAACGUCUUGCUUCCAGGCAAACUAAACACCUUCUUUGCCCGCUUUGAGGAUAUCACAGUGCCACCGACACGGCCUGCUACCAAGGACUGUGGGCUCUCCUUCUCCAUGGCCGAUGUGAGUAAGACAUUUAAACAUGUUAACCCUCGCAAGGCUCCUGGCCCAGACGGCAUCCCUAGCCGCGUCCUCAGAGCAUGCCCAGACAUGUGUUUAGCGACAUAUUCAAUCUUUCCCUAUCCCAGUCUGCUAUCCACACAUGCUUCAAGAUGGCCACCAUUGUUCCUGUACCCAAGAAGGCAGAGGUAACUGAACUGAAUGACUAUCGCCCCGUAGCACUCACUUCUGUCGUCAUGAAGUGCUUUGAGAGACUAGUCAAGGAUCAUAUCACCUCCACCUUACCUGCCACCCUAGACCCACUGCAAUUUGCAUACCGCCCCAAUAGGUCCAGAGACGAUGCAAUCGCCAUCACACUACACACUGCCCUAUCCCAUCUGGGCAAGAGGAAUACCUAUGUAAGAAUGCUGUUCAUUGACUACAGCUCAGCAUUCAACACCAUAGUACCCUUCAAGCACAUCAUUAAGCUUGAGGCCCUGGGUCUCAACCCCACCCUGUGCAAUUGGGUCCUGGACUUCCAGACAGGCCACCCCCAGGUGGUGAAGGUAGGAAACAUCUCUAAUUCGCUAAUCCUCAACACUGGGGCCCCACAAGGGUGCGUGCUCAGCCCCUCCUGUACUCCCUGUUCACCCAUGACUGCAUGGCAAUGCACGCCUCCAACUCGAUCAUCAAGUUUGCAGACAACACAACAGUAUUAGGCUUGAUCACCAACAACGAUGAGACAGCCUGCAGGGAGAAGGUGAGGGCCCUUGGAGUGUGGUGUCAGGAAAACAACCUCUCACUCAACGUCAACAAAACAAAGGAGAUGAUCGUGGACUUCAGGAAACAGUAGAGGGAGCACCCCCCUAUCCACAUCGACGUGACAGUAGUGGAGAAGGUGGAAAGUUUUCAGUUCCUCGGCGUACACAUCACGGACAAUCUGAAAUGGUCCACCCACACAGACAGUGUGGUGAAGGCGCAACAGCUCCUCUUCAACCUUAGGAGGCUGAAGAAAAUUGUCUUGUCACCUAAAACCCUCACAAACUUUUACAGAUGCACAAUUGAGAGCAUCCUGUCGGGCUGUAUCACCGCCUGGUAUGGAAACUGCACCGCCUACAACUGCAAAGCUCUCCAGAGGGUGGUGCGGUCUGCACAAUGCAUCACCAGGGGCAAACUACCUGCCCUCCAGGACACCUACAGCACCCGAUGUCACAGGAAGGCCAAAAAGAUCAUCAAGGACAACAACCACCCGAGCCACUGCCUGUUCACCCCGCUACCAUCCAGAAGGCGAGGUCAGUACAGGUGCAUCAAAGCUGGGACAGAAAGACUGAAAGUAUUUUUCAAUCUCAAGGCCAUCAGACUGUUAAACAGCCAUCACUAACACAGAGAGGCUGCUGCCUACAUACAGACUUGAAAUCAUUGGCCACUAACAAACGGAUUACUAAUGCCACUUUAAUAAUGAUGUUUACAUAUCUUGCAUUACUCAUCCCAUAUGUGUAUACUGUAUGUUAUACCAUCUAUUGCAUCUUGCCUAUGUCGCUCGGUCAUUGCUCAUCAAUAUAUAUUUAUAUGUACAUAUUCUUAUUCCAUCCCUUUACUUAGAUUUGUGUGUGUUAGGUAGUUGUUGUGGGAUUGUUAGAUUACUUGUUAGAUAUUGUGCACUGUCAGAACUAGAAGCACAAGCAUUUCGCUACACUCAAUAACAUCUGCUAGCCAUGUGUAUGUGACCAAUAAAAUGUGAUUUGAUUUGAAUAUGGCCUGGUCAGGGGUAAGCAAUUUGUCCCGCGUCGCCAAAUCAUUGAGAUAGAAAUCGUAAUCAAAAUCAAGGUUAGUAAUCGCUGUUCUGAUGUCCAGAAAACUCUUUUCGAUCACAGGAAAUAAUGGCGGAAACAUUAUGUACUAAAAAAGGUAAAACGGCAGCUAUACAAUCCAGUAGGGCUGUGAUGGAUUUGUUUUUGUACACCUCUGUUCGGUCCGCACCGUGAACCCGAAUUAAUACAUAAAAAACAUUAUUAUAAAAUAAAUGUUUACAUUAGGCCUAAUGGCUUCACAGUCGUUUACAAGUGCGAUGGACAGAGAUGUGGAUAAAAAGUUAAUAGUAUCUUCUCCACUGCUCAACUAGAAUAGCCUAUUUAGAGUGGCGGAUGUAGCUUGUUGGCCAAUCACAAGUCAUCAAAGUGCCACUACAGUCAUAGAGCCUCCUUGUGUGGGUAAGCAAAUUAGAUUAUCUAAUCAAUGGAAAAUUGAAUUAAUAUGAUGGAAUUAAAAAUUAAAUGAGAAGUAUAUGCUACAACGAACAAGACCCAACAGGUAGGCUGCUAUUUAAUCAUCUGAAUGGAGGUGUUGUUAUUUGUUACUGACGGACAGGAAAAAAGUGCAUGCAGACUCAAUUAGCCCAGCUAGCUAAUGUAACGGAUGUGAAAUGGCUAGCUAGUUAGCGGUGGUGCGCGCUAGCAGCCUUUCAGUCGGUUACGUCACUUGCUCUGAAACCUAGAAGUAGUGGUUCCCCUUGCAUUAUACUGUUACACUAACUUAGUUAGCUAUUUUAGCCAACUAGCUUCUCUCGGUUUGAUGCAGUCAAGACAGGUACUUGGUAGGUAGCCUAGUGAUUAGAGUCGAAUCCCUGAGCUGACAUGGUAAAAAUCUGUUAUUCUGCCCCUGAACAAGGCAGUUAACCCACUGUUCCCCGGUAGGCCGUCAUUGUAAAUUAGAAUUUAGAAAACUGACUUGCCUAGUUCUAAAUUAGAAAACUGACUUGCCUAGUUAAAUAAAAAUUCAUAUUGGAUGAUAAAUAACCUAGAUAUGAAAAGCUAGAAGUUCAUAUACUAGCGCAAGUCAGCUCAUUUGGUUGAUGCCUGUCCCUUGCUCCAGUUUCAAUCGAUCACAGUAUACACACCUCACAGUAUAACACCUUAAGGCCCCUCCUCCACCUGCUCUCCCUCGCACUGUAUCAACUCUAGUUAAUAAACUAGCUUACAAAUGGACUUUUCUGCUGCUUCCCUCACUCAGAUCUGACCACGUCUAUAUGGAACUGGUCAUCCUCGGGUCCGUUCGGAAUGGGUCUCUGUAUUUAUGCAUAUUUGUCCGGGUGGGAAAGCCCCAGAUUCAUUUCAGAACAGGUCAAAUUUUUUAGACCUCUACUUGUCAAAACAGACAGUACCAGGAACAUUGUGAAUAACGUCACCAAAACUGGAGUUGGGCCACAAAUAGGGUGCUUUUUAAUUUAGCGUAUUUUGCCAAAUAAACAGAAAUGAACUACAGUAACUGUUCGAAUUUCAUUUUUCUGCUGUAUCAUAACCGUACCGUGACCCCAGAACCGCAAUACGUACCGAACAGUGGGUUUGGUGAACCGUUACAUCCCUGUAAAUGAAUUAAUGAAUCACAGACCAGCCUAAAUGUAGAGCUGCUCUCUUUCAUGGUCCUUUGUUUCGACGGAUUUGGGACUUUCUGCCACCACUAUGGCAGUUUACAGAGAGUUCGCAGGGGACUUGCCAGCCAGACCUCCGCCCUCAGAUUACGCCCCCCUUUUCUUCACCAGCAUGUGGAGUAAAGGCAGCUUCUGGUUGUAGGGAGGACUUGGAGUUUGACUCACGGCUUCGCCAGGAUUUUAUGAUGUCCGUUUGCCUGUUUAGGCAUCAACGGUGUGAACUUAAGGCCUCAUCCAGUCGGGAACCCAUCCCUCACAGCUGAGAGGGUGGCAGGACAGGUGACUGGGGAUCCUGAGCAGGGACGUACCACCUCCUCAGCCCCAGCAACGCUACAGGGGAUGUCUGUGACAGGGACUGGGCCCGUGCCUACUGGACUAGUGGUGUCAGCCUUCAGAAGUCACGCAGCAUCAACUCAUCACCCCCUGCACACCUCUUCUCUGUACCAACAGUCCACUCUGUUGGCCCAGCCAGCUGUACCCCAGCUUGGUCCUCAGCCUGCGGGACCUGAGUUCUAGCCUCCAGCCCGAGCAGCAUUGCUCCGGGCACCAUCUCAUUAACCCGUGCAUCAGCCAUCAGCCUGUGCACCGGUCCAGGAAGGAGCCCUGCCCCCACCAAUCCAGUCUGUGGUGCUCCAGUGGAUGCUGCAGCCUUCAUCACUGCCUACACAAGGGCCUCAGGCACCCCAACUGUGCCAACACCAGCACUCCACAAAUGAGACUUCUGGAUGUUAAGCCUGUGAUGGAGAACCCUCCAGACCCAGGAGUGGACCACCGUCCUGCCCCGGUAGGAGAGCCUCCGCCAUGCCUACCCUACUCCUCUGCCUCCAACCUUGGGACACUAUCAGGCUCUGUUGGGGAACCUACCCCAACACCCUACUGGACAUACUGGACUAGCCCUGCUUUAGGGUGCCUAGACACCGUUUGUCCCCUGGCCACUCCUUACUUGCCACUGACAGAGGGCGACAUGGGGGUGGCGGAACAUAGCUGCACGAGGAGUGCUCCCAGCUGACUUUGUUGACACUCAGGCAGGUGAAAUCCUUCUUCUCUAAGACCCAGAAAGUAAGUAAUUAUUAUACUGACUGGUCUCUAGCUCAAUGGAGAGGGUUCUCCAUAACAGAUCUAAGUUGCCUUUGCCAUGUAGAGGAAAAACACACCUCAGAACCUUAAGGUCAGAGAGGGUUUCACAGUGAUCCCUGGAACCAUGUUCUCCCGUAGGACAGGGAUGAAAAUAUGGUUAGGGUUCCCCUGCCUUGUUGUCCAGAGCAGUGGUUUUCAACUGGUGUGCCUUGAGGAACUCUCAGGUGUGCCCCGAAACUUUUCCUAAUCUUGAAAAAAAACAACACUCCCUUAUAAACGUGACAUGUGGAACGCAAAUGGAAUUUUGACUUGAGGGUGCCGCUCAGAUAAUAUAUCGAAUGGCACAUAGUUACAUCUGUAUCAUUGUUUCAAGUCCAGUGCGGUCAGGCUGUUGUUAUAUUUGAAUCAUUCAUGAGCAAAGUAAUUCAUAAUUUUUCUUCGCCUGUGAGAACCAUUAGCACAGGCAGGUCUGAUUUGUUAGUCUUAGCUCUACCAGAGCCUCUGCCAUAGAAAUAAACGGAGCAUGGCUUUGUGUCGGUGGUUUCACCUUUACAAUGCAGAAAACCACUUGCCUCUAGCUCAAACCAUUCGAACUAAAGACCUAUUUUACCGGAGCUACAUUCAUUUCUUUCUUCUUAAAGGGGUACACACAAAUUAAUCAUCAUGAGUAAGGAACUAUGCAAACUAUGAAAAUAGUUCAAAUAAACCCUAUUUAAUAUCUAAUGGGGAUGGGUAAAUACUCCAAUUUGAAAGUGUGUUUAUUAUCUGUGUGUACGUACCUGAGGGAGUGUAUGUCUGUGUAAUCUGUGUAAUCUGUAUCACCUCUCUCUUCCAGAAGGAGGAGGGUCCAGAGGUGCUGCCGGUGAAGGAGGUGGGGUGUGAGGAGGGUCUGGGGAACCCUGAGGGGACUAUAAUCAUGGAGGACAACCAGACUACACCACCUCCUGAACCCACAGUGGAACCAGCUGAGCAGCACAGGACCGACCGCACACAGUCUCACUGAGAUGAGCCCACUGUGAAUGGCAUUAGGUCAGGGCCCGAGUGCUGAUCUAGAAUCAGUUUUGCAUAUCAGAUUUAUUGAUCCAACAUCCUCUCACUCUGUAUCUCUUACAGUCAGUAGACAUGGAGGAUGGGAAGCCUGAUCUGCUGCUAGUCAAAGAGGAGACAAUAGAAGAUGGACCAGAGAGCAUUGACCUGCUGAGUGGACUAAAUAUGGGGGAGCAUCUUAGCCUCCCGCCAAACAUCUGCAGGAAGAGGUUUUAACCCCAUAACAGUUACUGCCUUCAACCUGCCUUCUACAGGAUCUAUCAACUGGAAGAUGGACCCUGCGACACACUCCCUGGCCUUCGUCCUCCUCACACUCUCCUAAUGUUAAACCACUGACGAUGCCCCCGAAGGUCCACAUGGGAGAGAGGCUGUUCAUCUGUAUGCACUGUGGGAAGAGGUUCUCAGAGAGGAGCUACCUCAGGAUACACCAGCAGAAAAUGCACACGGCCCAUGUAUAGAGUAUAGUGACGUGUAAUGUAGUACUAGUUAGUUUGUAGUUAAUUCUGCUGGUGUAGGAUAUAGUAGAUUACUGGAUGAGAUGAACUGAGGAAAGAAUGAGUAUGAUGAGGGCAGAGUAGAUACUUUGAUGGUUUGUGUGAUGGAGUGUGUAAAAAUGCUUAACUUAUGAAGAGUGACAACCUUGUCCAUUUAGCUUGAUACUGGUGUUUUAUAGUAAGAUAAUGAUAGUGCCAUAAUGUUUACUUGACAAUAAGUAGUGAAGCUGUGUGUAAUGUAAUGUUAAACCUUUUCCAAAGUUUUCUGAAAUUAAUUUGAUCAAGUCAAGGGUACCAGAUUUACAGAAAAGGUAAAGUGUUACCAUAGUGAGAAAAGUUAUUUGCCUUGUCACAUAACAUUUUGUGCAAUAAAAGUACUGUACUUCAAAGUCCCUAA